CGAGCAGAACUCCUCCCCUGCUUGUCUUUAUAAAAUCCUGUUUCUUAUUUGCACGUUGUUCUGUUUUCUUGAAAUUUAAGAAAUUAAGCUGAAGAUGUCAAAUUCAAAGGAUACACCACCGAAGAAGGACGUAGAAUCGCCGGCGACUGAAAAUACAACACCUGCGGCGGAGACAGGAACUGGGUUUGGUGUUGCGCCGAUUACAAGGAGAUGGAGAAGAGAGGACAUGUUAAAGAGAGGGUCAUUAGCAUUGAGAGGAUUGGCUUUCUUAUUUUCUUUGCUUGCUUUUAUCAUCAUGGCCAGUAACAAACAUGGAGAUUGGAAAGAUUUUGAUAAAUAUGAAGAGUACAGGUAUUUGUUGGCAAUAGCAAUACUUUCGACUUUUUAUACGGCCGGGCAAGUGUUAAGACAUGUUCAAGAGCUUUCGACUGGGAAACAAAUGUUAGAAAAGAGGACUUCUGCCAUGGUUGAUUUCUUUGGGGAUCAGGUUUGACUCUCUAAUUCCUUUUUGUUGUAAUACAUUUCUGUGAUUUGUUUAGUUUCUAAGAAAUGGUUACGUAUUGGAAUUUGAUCUUUGAUUUGGACUUUGAUGGGUUUAAUUUGAUUGAUGGUUAAGAUUUGUUGAAUUUUGUGAAGUAGGGGCUGCUAUAUCCCAAGUUCCAUUCUGCCAGUCUUCUUGAC